UAACUAAAAGCCCCAUUCAAAGGAACAAAGUUACAAGGGUCCCAGAAUCCUUCUCUGUUUCCUACACAAUCUGGACUUGAUCUAUUCCUUCCAGUCCUGGGACAGGUUCAUCCCUUAUUGGAGGAACAAGAAAGAGAGACAAGGGCAGGGAGAAAACGUCCUGGCCAUCACAGAUAGCCCGGUCUGAAUGGGCUGCAGAGCAAACCUGAAUAACCAGGACAAAUUUAGCAUCCACAUACUUUCUGUCGUUUUCAUCUACCCCACACUGCAGGUUUUUCAGGUAUCUGCAGGAACGUGUGCUCCACAGAGAGAACACACACGUAAGGAAACGUGCUGCCCAGGGAGUGAGUAAGCGCUGCUAUUUAAAGAGCCCUUCAUCCAGGAACGGGACUUCUUCAGAUCAAGGACCAGCAGUCACAACUCUCAUCGGCCGCAGGGACCAUGUCCACGGAGCAAGUGAACGGCCUCACGGAGGAGCAGUUAGGGAUCCUGGAGGACAGCUUCAACAAAGGCAACAAAUACCCCGACCCCACGACGCUGCUCCUCAUCUCCGCCGAGAUCGGCCUCAGCGAGGAGCAGACCGAGAAAUGGUUCAAGCAGCGCCAAGCUCAGUGGCGGAAGUCGGAAGGGCUCCCCUCAGAAUGCCGCUCUGUCACAGACUAAAGAAGAUGACCAGACCUCUAUCUUCUCCACCAUCCAUACCAUGAAGACUAUGUAUUAUUCCUUUCCUGGGUUUUAUCAAGUUAUUUUUGUUCUGCAAUACAGUUUUGUAUGUUCAAAUGUUAGCCAUCCUUCUAUUUAACAUGAUGUUUUAUUUUUUUGAAAUGUACAUAAUAAGAAUAGAAAAGAAAUUAUAUAAAACUCUUUGCAAUUUAACUGUAACAAAUGGCUUACCUGGAAUAGUGAUGGAGUAGGUGGGCUCGUAUUCCAUAGCUCCUGAACAUAUCAUUCUCACAGUAUGUCACUGUUUGCAGUUUGCUCUUUACUUAUAGCUCAGAGCAGUGAAUAUAGCUAUGGCCUUCUACCAGUGCCUCGAAAAGAAAGAGCUGGGGGUGGGGAGAAGAAUGCUUUCCAAGUCUGUUUUACAAAUUAAUUUUCCUUAUGUUCAGUUCAACUAAGUGGGUAAAGUUAAGUAUUCUCAAGGCGCCUAGAUUAUGAAGCAGCUUCCGGGACACUGGCUGCAUUAACUUGGACAAGACCCAGUUAGAUGGGAAGAAUCCAGAAAGUUCACAGCAAUUCAAAAAAAAAAAAAAACAGCUAAAAGGAAAAUGAGAGUAGGCCUGAAUUAAUUUUAUUUAAAUGCAUGGAUUAAAUUUAUUUAGCUAAAUAAAAUAAACUUUUUUUCUGAGAUGCUAUUAUUAAUAAAACCAUAACUUUUGUUGGAAACUCA